AUGGCUACCGGUCAGCUCGCUACUCAGUACAAGGCUUGGAAGCAGCUCGAGCAGCUCCACGCCUCCAAGGCCUCCAAGCUCGUCCUCAAGGACCUCUUCGCUGCCGACCCGGAGCGCUUCAACAAGCUCUCCGUCGAGUUCAAGACGGCCAAGCCCGAUGUCAGCAUUCUCCUCGACUACUCGAAGAACCUCGUCGACGAGGAGGUUCUUUCGUCUCUCUUUGCUCUCGCUCGCGAGGCUGAGGUCGAGAAGUUCCGUGACGAGAUGUUUGCUGGCCAGCACAUCAACACCUCGGAGGACCGUUCCGUUCUUCACAUUGCUCUCCGCAACCCCCCCGUCUCGCAGGGCGGCUAUGACAUCAAGGAGGAGGGCGUCAACGAGGUCCAGGGCGUCCUCAACCACAUGAAGGAGUUCUCAGAGUCUAUCCGUUCGGGCGCUUGGAAGGGUUACACCGGCAAGGCCAUUGACACCGUCGUUAACAUCGGUAUUGGUGGCUCGGACCUCGGCCCCGUCAUGGUCACCGAGGCUCUCAAGCACUACUCGGACCGCAAGCUUACCCUCCACUUUGUCUCCAACAUUGACGGUACCGACAUGGCCGAGACUGUCCGCGUCUGCAACCCCGAGACCACCCUCUUCAUUGUCGCUUCGAAGACCUUUACCACCCAGGAGACCAUCACCAACGCUGAGAGCGCUAAGGCUUGGUUCCUCGAGACCGCCAAGGACCCCGCCCACGUUGCCAAGCACUUUGUUGCCCUCUCCACCAACACCGAGGGCGUCACUGCCUUUGGCAUUGCCGAGGCCAACAUGUUCCAGUUCUGGGACUGGGUGGGUGGCCGCUACUCGCUCUGGUCGGCCAUUGGCCUCUCAAUCGCCAUCUCCAUCGGCUUUGACAACUUCCAGGAGCUCCUGAACGGUGCCCACGAGAUGGACCAGCACUUCAAGACUGCUAAGCUUGAGGAGAACCUUCCCGUUAUCCUCGCCCUUGUUGGCGUCUGGUACAACGACUUCUACGGUGCCCAGACCCAGGCUCUCCUCCCCUACGACCAGUACCUCCACAAGUUUGCCGACUACUUCCAGCAGGGCGACAUGGAGUCGAACGGCAAGACCGUCACCAAGGACGGCUCGCGUGUCGACUACCAGACUGGUCCCAUCAUCUGGGGCCAGAGCGGCACCAACGGCCAGCACGCAUUCUACCAGCUCAUCCACCAGGGCACCAAGCUCAUCCCCUGCGACUUCCUCGCCCCCGUCCAGACCCUCAACCCCAUUGCCAACGGCAAGCACCACGAGAUCCUCCUCUCCAACUUCUUCGCCCAGCCCGAGGCUCUUGCGUUUGGCAAGACCGAGGCCGAGGUUGUCAAGGAGCUCGGCGCUCAGUCGUCGAACGCUGCCCUGGUCAAGUCCAAGAUCUUCGAGGGCAACAAGCCCACCAACUCGAUCAUGUUCCAGAAGCUCACCCCUGGUACCCUCGGUGCCCUCAUUGCCCUCUACGAACACAAGAUCCACGUCCAGGGUGCCAUCUGGGGCAUCAACUCGUACGACCAGAUGGGCGUCGAGCUCGGCAAGGUCCUCGCCAAGGCCAUCCUCAAGCAGCUCCCUUCGCCUGCGGACGUCACUGGCCACGACAGCUCGACUACCGGCCUCAUCCACUUCUACCAGAAGCACCGCGCGUAA